AUGGCUCCAGUGCACGGGACAUGUAGCAGGAACACAGAGAGGUCAGACCGCGGCAUGAAGGGAAAGUCCAGGAGGAAGAGGAGGAGGAGGUGCAAAGGCAAAGGAUGGAGCAACACUUUACCGACCCUCAUCAGUACAAGAGAUCAGUGGGAUCACACGGCAUCAUCUUCAGCUGAAGAUGCCGACACCUCAAGUUUGAGCAGUUUGGAGGUGAAGGAGAAUCAGGAUGAUAAACGACCGGCCGACUGUGACCCUCUGAGAAAAUAUCACCCAUCAACAUUUUGCUCAACUUUCCCCACACAUGGAUCAAGAGCUCUGAAAAGGAAGCAGCCUUUAGUGGAUGGAAGAAACCGCCUGCUCUACCAAAGCCAGCUGACCUGUAAGAGAGCAGCCUGGGCCGUCACUCAGAAGAACGCGCUGGUGCAGCUGAACGAGUUACGACCCGGUCUACAGUACGAGAUACUGUCGAAGACCGGUCCACUCCAUGCUCCGGUGUUCUCUGUAGGUGUGGAAGUGAAUGGUUUCCACUUCGAGGGCGUUGGACGUACCAAAAAGCAGGCCAAGAUGAGGGCUGCAGAACUGGCCCUCCGGUCAUUCAUCCAGUUUCCAAACGCCUCCCAGGCUCACGCCACCAUGGGGAACAUCACCAGCACUCAGACUGAUUUCACAGCGGAUAAACUGGACACCCCGGACACUUUUACCAAAGAGUUUGAGCCAUCGCUGCGGGAAAACUGCGACCUCCUGCACUGCAACUCUGCAAAAAAGGCAGUUUUCUCCAGCAUUUACAACCACAGACGACUCGUCCGACUCGCUCUGGACUUGGCCUCCUCUGCAAACCCAAGAAGACGAGCCCUCAGCACCUCACUUUUGGAGCACCUCAGCCCUGUGAUGCUGCUCAACGAGCUUCAACCAGGACUUAGGUACAUGUGCCUGACAGAGAGAGUCCCCGGCAGGCCGGUGAGGAGUUUCGUCAUGGUGGUCAGGGUGGAGGGGAAGAUGUUUGAAGGGUGUGGUCACAGUAAGAGGCAGGCCAAGGGCCAGGCAGCAGCAGCAGUCCUACAAACCAUUUACAACAUGAGUCUGGGACCAGAGAGGGGGAUCAUGGGUCUUCAGGGAAGCAGAGCCAAAAAUCAGCUACCUCAGUUCUUUGCCGAGUCGAUCUUCCACUUGGUGAGAGAGAAAUACACCGAGCUGACUUACAGUUAUCACUCUACCUCGAACGCCCGUCACAAAGUCCUGGCGGGAAUCGUGAUGACCAGAGGGACAAAGUGUUGGGACUCAGACAACGCGGGUGACCUUGGUGGCACUCUCAGAGACUGCCACGCUGAAGUCAUCUGCAGGAGGGCGCUGGUUCGAUUCCUGUAUGCCCAGCUGGAGUUGCUGCUUUGUAAGCCGGCACACCGUGAGGAACAAUCUAUCUUUGCACCAAAUAAAGUUGGUGGUGAAAGUGGUGGCAUCAGCUUCAGAUUACAAGAUGGCGUCCUCUUCCACAUGUACGUCAGCUCGUCGCCGUGCGGAGACGCCCGACUCAACUGCCCCUACGAGAGCUCUGCUGCAUUUCGCAGCCGGAGGUUUCGCUGUCACCUCAGGAAGAAGGUAGACGGCGGGGAGGGGACGCUGCCUCUCACAGCACGGAGAGAGAAACAGAAGAUGGGUGGUGUGACCUUAGGCAAACAUCAGGUCACCAUGUCCUGCACUGACAAGAUAGCAAAAUGGAGCGUUUUGGGCCUGCAAGGAGCUCUCUUAUCCCACCUGGUGGAGCCGGUAUACCUGCACAGCCUGACGGUGGGGACACUCAGCCACACGGGUCACCUGGGCCGAGCGAUGGCACGCCGCCUCGCACCCGUCAAGCACCUACCGUUCCCGUACCGGAGACAGCAGCUGCUGCUCGGCUGUCUGAGCUGCAGCGACGUCCGUCCGGCAGGGAAAGCACCGAACGUGAGCGUGAACUGGAGCGGCGGUGACGGAGCCUUGGAGGAGAUCAGCACCUCCACGGGAAGGAGAAAGGACUCAGGGACGCCGUCACGGCUCUGCAGGCGCUUCAUGUUCGCCCGCUGGCAGACGCUGCAGCAGCAGUUAAAUGGAAAGUUAUCGGGCGCCACUGCAACAUAUUCUGGCUCCAAGAUGGCCGCCGAGCGCUACCAAAGAGGGAUGCAGCGGUUCACCAGCGCUCUGCAGAGCGGCGGGCUGGGAACAUGGCUCAGAAAACCUGCAGAACUUUGCAGCUUUAACAUCAGUGCAUGA